AUGGCGGAGGACGACAGCUCUUUCAGUCUUUUCGACGAUCUCACAGCUGAUGAGCAACUUCUAAAUCAGCAACGGCAACAAUGCAUGGGUGAAAAGACAAUCGAACGAUUACAGCAAUUGCCCAGUGACCCAUGUCGACGUACUCUUCAAGAGAAUCGGCUUGUUUUCAGUCAUGGUCGACAAGAUCGCUUUCAAGUUCCUCAAAAGACAACACAGUUGUUUACACCCGAUGAAUGUAACGGUAUCCUGGAUACAUGUCGCAACAUGGUUGGCUGGACGACUCAACGGCAUUCGGCUUUUCCAACAAUUGAUAUUCCAAUCAAGGAGACGGCGUUGGCGUACCUUGGUGACAUGAUCAAACAACGCCUCUUUCCGAUGCUCGGGGACCAUUUUGGGUUUGAUGCAUGCAGGGAUCUUGCUUUUCGUGACAUCUUCAUCGUCAAGUAUUCAUCAUCAUCUCAACGCGGGUUACAAGCACAUACCGAUGGAUGUUUGAUGAGCUUCAAUGUCUUGCUAAGUCACCCGGAUGACUUUGAUGGUGGUGGUACUUGGUUUGAAUCCAUUGACAGCGUCGUACAACUGGCUCAAGGAGAUUGUGUGUAUCACGAUGCCCGCAUCAUGCAUCAAGGCAUUGACAUUACACGAGGCGAACGAUACAUUCUGGUGGGCUUUGUAGAUACAGCUGAUACGAUAACCAAAGAUGCUCGUGCUAUUAGAGAUAGGCAGCACAAAUAA